AUGGUCGUGUAUCCUGUGCGUACUCCGGAAGAGGUGGGCACGACGGUCCCGGUUGACCCCAAAGUGCCCGCUGAAACGUAUACAUACGACUACAUCGUCGUCGGAGGUGGCACGGCAGGCUGCGUCCUCGCUUCCCGCCUCUCUGAGGACCCGGAUACCAGCGUCCUGCUCAUCGAGCAAGGCCCCGUGGCCGACACAUGGGCCUCGCGCGUGCCCACAAUUUCUUCCAAUCUCUUCGCUAAGGAUAGCUUAGCGGCGCACUGGUGGUCGACGCCAAUGCCGCAUGCUGACAAUCGCUCGCUGGGGGUCAUGCGGGGUGAGGCUCUCGGGGGGACCACCCGGAUCAACUCAAUGUUAUAUACGAGAGGUACUCCUGGAGACUACAAUCAAUGGAAACUGCUCGGCAACGACGGCUGGGGCUACGACGACGUCGAGCCAUACUUCGUCAAAUCCGAGAGGACGCAUUCACUUCCCGCGUCCAAAUACCGCGGCAAGGCAGGCCCGUGGCAGAACCAACAAUUCCCUAUCUCGCAAUACAAAGCUGUGCCGUACGUGCACCGUGCUCUCCAGAAAGUCGGCAUCGAGCGUCACCCCGAUCUCAACUCGCCGUCCAUGCCCGCAGCAGGCACAGGCACGCUCGACGUCACGGAAGACAAGCAGUACCACCGCCACUCAGUUGAUCGCGCGUUCCUCCCCGCAAAGCUUGCGCAUGAGCGCAGAACACGAUUGAAGAUCUGCACCGCUACGAUCGUUACGCGCGUGGUGCUCGCGGAGGAAGGAGAUGAGGUCAGGGCGACAGGUGUGCAUCUUGAGACGACGAAUGCGAGGAAGGCGUGGAAGCGGUAUCUGGCGACGGCGAGGAGGGAGGUGGUGUUGUGUGGGGGUGCGCUCGGGUCGCCACACCUGCUCAUGCUGAGUGGGUUGGGUCCGAAGGAACACUUGGAGAGUAAGAGCAUCCGAGUGGUACGUGACCUGCCAGCAGUUGGCAGCUAUCUGCAAGAUCACAUCGGUGUUCCGCUGACCUUCGAGGUCCCCAUUGAAGAUAGUCUGCACAUCCUCGAAGUCAGCCCCGCGCGUGUCGUUAAAGAGCUCCUGAAGUAUCUCAUCACCGGCCGCGGCGCGCUCUCCCAUCCAUUCCAAACCGCUUCAACAUUCAUCCCAUCUCGCCUCCUCGACGAUAAAUCUACCGUCUCCGUCAAAGACUCCUCCGACCUGGACGCCUCCAUCCCUGCGAACAGGCCCGACAUCGAGUUCAUGUACAUUGGGAACAACUGCACGGACACCGAUAUUCCCCGCACAGGACUCUUCACCCUCCUCUCCGCAAAUAUUCGGCCGAAGUCGAUGGGCUCCGUGCGCCUCGCGUCAAGCAACCCGCGCGUGCGCCCCGAAGUCGACCUCGGGUACUUCACCCAUCCAGAGGACUACGUGCCCCUGAGGAAGGCCAUCCGUCUCGCCCAACGCGUCGCGGGGGACGUGAGGGAGCAGGGCUAUCCGCUCAAGGACUUCAUCGUGCCGGAUGAUAGCAGCGACGAGGUGCUCGACGCGUACAUCCGUGCCAACCUCCGAACGUGCCUCCACUACACGUCAACGUGCCGCAUGGGCGCGACGACGCAUGCGGAGCGCCCGAGCGUGGUGGACACGGAGCUGAGGGUGCAUGGCGUGAAGGGGCUGAGGGUGUGCGACGCGAGCGUGUUCCCGGAAAUUGUUGGGGCCCACACGAUGGCGCCGACUGUUAUGGUCGCGGAGAAGUGUGCAGAUCUGAUCAAGGCGUCCAAGUGAAC